AUGUCGGUCUCUCGCAUCACGCCCACCUUGUUCCUCGGGGGGGCCGACGCGCCGCUCAACGCCACGCUGGUGUCGCAGAUGGGCAUCACCCUGAUUGUCAACGCCACGCUCAACCACGUUUGCCCCGCUUACCCGGGGGUGGAGUGUGUGCGGGUCCCAGUCUCCGACCUGCCCAGCGCCCGCCUCGGAGACCACUUCGACCGAGUGGCCGCACGAAUCCAUGGCAACCGCGCGGGGGGCACGCUGGUGCACUGCGCCGCCGGUAUGAGCCGCUCACCAGCGUUGGUGAUGGCGUACCUGAUGCGGUACAGGGGGGUGACGCUCAGCCAGGCGCACCGCUGGGUCCGGGAGAGCCGGCCCUACGUCAGGCUGAACGCCGGCUUCUGGGAGCAGCUGCUGGAGUACGAGAGGAGGCUGUACGGGAGAAACACCGUCAGAGUGGCAGCAGUGCAAGAGACGCCCCCGCCCCCGCCCCCACCGACGCCCAGGGUGACGAGGUCGCUGCCUCCACUGCAGCAGACCAGCUGGUUGACGCUGGUACCCAGGUCACCUGUGAUGACCCGGGCGGCAGUGACGUCACGGUCACAGGUGACAACGCCGGCAAACAAGCGAAGAAGAGGAGCCAAAUCCAGCAACGGCAAAAAGCUCUGA